AUGAAUUCGUUCAUCGCCGGCUGUUGUUGCACGUUCAUCGUGGUCUACCUAUACAACACUUUCUCGCCGCUGGUCAAGUACUGCGCGGCGUUGGCGUUGGCGAAUGGAUUCGGUACGGUCGGGCUGUUGGUGGCCGUUGGAAUUGGCGCGUGGGCGGUUGGACGCAUGCAGGCAGAGUGGAAAGCAGGACCGCCGCCGCCGUCCGGGGGUGGAUCUGCUGGCGCAAGCUACUCGCAACAAAAUCGACACUCGACAGGCCCCCACGGAAACACAUAUUCAUCACCACCACGGCCGCCACCUCAGACACCGCCACAACCGCCGCCGCAAUCACCUCCACGUCCGCCGCCGCAGUCAUCACAACCUCCGCCGCCGCAGUCAUCGCAACCUCCGCCGCCGCAGUCAUCACAACCUCCGCCGCCGCAGUCAUCACAACCUCCGCCGCCGCAGUCAUCGCAACCUCCGCCUCCGCGACCGUCACCCGCCGCAAGUGGGUGGGAAAAGGCUCGGGAAGAGACAAAGAAGCGAGAGGAGGAACGGAAGCGAGCAGAAGAGCUGAAGAAGAAGCGAGAAGAGGCGCAAAAGGUGCGCGAGGAAGCAGAACGCGCGGCAAAGGCCAAGGCGGAGAUCGAAAAAUGGGAGCAGGCGCGCGCAAGAGAAAAGGAAACACGAGAGCGCGAGGCACGAGAGCGCAUCAAGCGCGAGCGGGAGGAGAAGGCAAAAGCUCAAGCUCAAGCUCAAGCUCAAGCUCAAGCUCAAGCUCAGGCUCAGGCUCAGGCUCAGGCUCAACAGCCGACUGCGAGAUCACAAACCGGGACAGAGGACGCAUACUCUUACCGACCGUACGACACCCCGAAGAAAGCCUCCUCGCCGUCCAAGACCUCCACGUACAAGUCAUGUGCAUCGUCCGUCUCCGGCGUGAGCGAGAGCAGCUACGCUCCGAGUCAAAGCACGGCACGGACAACACCGCCGCCCUCUCAUCGUGGACCGUACUCGACCACCAACCCAAACAAGAUCCAGAUCAAAGCCGUGUAUCUCUUCAGCGACAAGUCACCCCUCCGUCCUCUGUCUCAACUCGUCUCCGGCCAAGGUCCAGUAACCGACGGUCUGAUCCUUCGCAUCGAGACUGGAGGCCUCUUCAUCGACGACGAUGUCCGAGAGGUCGGACAGCGAGAAUGGGAUGUCAAAGCUUGGGCGCUGAACUUGGUCGAAGAUGGAAGCGCGAAGAAUGGACUGCAUCUCUUCCGGGCGUGUACGAGGGAUGUGGAUAAGAAGAAGUACUUCUUUGUCCUGGCUGAAAGUGAGAGCUGGAAGGUCACCGCGGGAAUCGCGAGGCUGAGGAAAGGCAGCCAGGUCCGGUCACUGAACUUCAGCACGGUCAAGGAGACGGAGGUGAAGGCUGUACUAGGGACGUUGGGGUGGUGA